AUGCCUUUCCAAACCUCCCACUCCCAACAUCCUCCCUUCCCAUCCAACAUCCCUUCCGCACCACUGGUCUCGAUCUCCCUCGCCAAACUGGAGUCACACGAUGCAGCCGAAUCCCAAGCAUUCUUCAACGCCUGCAAAUCUCUCGGCUUCUUCUACCUGGACAUGAAAGGCUCCGCGCUCGGAGAGGAUAUAGUCUCGCUGUCUGAGGAAGUGCACGCAUUGCAAAAGCAGUUUCAUGCCCUGCCGAAUGAGGUCAAGGAGGAUUACUUGAGGGAGAAGAUCGAUGCAUUCUUUGGCUAUCGAAUUUUGGGCGAGCGGGAGAUGGAGGAUGGGAGUGUUGGAAGGAAUGAGAACUACAACAUGCGAAAGGACGAUCUCCUCGACAACUGCGCACACCUACCCUGCCCACCCCUCAUCACGAACCACCGCCCCGUCCUCGCCACCUACGCCCGCAAAUGCCGCACCGCAAUCGACAUCCUGAUCACUCAUCUGGAGGCCAACCUCAACCUGCCACCCGGAACAAUCGCAGACUUACAUCGUCUCGACCACAUGUCAGGCGACCACAUCCGCUUUAACAAAUCCUGCCCGGCCCCCUUCUCCCCCUCAGCCGCCAAAGCUGGCGAACACACCGACUUCGGCUCCUUCACCAUCCUCUUCAAUUGGCUUGGUGGCCUGCAGAUCCGUCAUCCGGAGACGAAUGAGUGGCUGUACGUUCGCCCCGUGCCUGGGUCCGCGAUCGUGAAUUUGGGGGAUGCGUUGGUCAAGUUCACUGCGGGGAUCGUGCGGUCGAAUGUGCAUCGGGUUGUGCCGCCGCCGAGUCCGCAGGAUGGGGUGGACAGGUUUAGUCUGGUGUUCUUUUCGAGGCCGGAGGAUGCAGUUGUAUUGAGGCGGUUGAGGGGUGGGUUGAUUGACGAGCAGCCAGUCGAUAGGCAGGAAGACGUGGAGAUGACGGCUGAGGAGUGGACUUGGAAGCGGAGUGUGGGAGAUCUGAAGGGGGUGUAUACGCAUAAGGGGGGUUUGGAGUUGAGGACAGUGGUGGAGGGGAAGGCCUAG